AUGGACGAGACGGGUGUAAUGCUGUCAAAGCUGAAUUCGGUGAGGGUUAUCAUGGAUAGAACGAACCGGCACGGCUGUCGAGGCGCACGUGUGAAGCGGACGACCGUGACAGCAGUCGAGUGUAUGAGUGCUGACGGGCGAUAUCUACAUCCGAUGAUCAUCUGGCCCGCGGCCGCCCACCGAGCGAACUGGGUGACUCAUCCUACACCUGGAUGGCAUUAUGCCUACUCCGACAGCGGAUAUACAGACUCAUAUCUCAGCCUGCAGUGGCUUCGUCUGGUGUUUGAUCCGCAGACGAGAGACCGAGCGGGACAGCGACCGCGUGUGCUGAUUUGUGACGGCUUUGGCACCCACGAAACCCUCGAGGUCCUUGAGUUCGCUCUUCAGCACCAGAUCAUACUUUGCCGCCUGCCUUCCCACACAUCCCAUAAACUGCAGCCAUGUGACAUCUCCAUCUUCGGUCCACUCAAAGGAGCAUAUCGUGAUCAGGUAGAACGGCUCGAGCGAGGCGGCAUAGGAACGAUCGGCAAAGAGCACUUCACCAUGUUGUAUUGUCAUGCGCGUGAGAUCGCGUUCACGCCCCGGAACAUCCGCGCAGGAUGGUCCAAGGCAGGUUUGUUCCCAUUCUGUCCCGAAAGAGUGUUUCGUGAUCUGCCGCACCGCGCUGCGCCUCCUGUCAUAGCAGAAUCGGGGAAUGGGGAUGCGGCUGGCCAGCAGGACGCCAAUAUACGAACGUGGUCAAUACCAACCAUUCCAUCCACACCGACAAUACCCAUGACACCUGUAACUCCGGUAGAUCUUGCAGGCAUCACAGCUUUGCGCGAUGUGAUCCGACGCGAUGUACAAGAUCUGGACAGCGGUUCCCACCACCGCUUACAGAAGCAUGUUCAGAAACUAUCAAAAGCUGCUGAAAUUUCUUUCGCCGAGUACGCACUGCUCGAGCGGCGCAACGACUUCCUGCAAAAGACCAACAGCGAAGCUCGGGUACGGCGAUCAACGAGACCAAAAGUCAUCGGAACAGCGAGGGUGAUGAGCUACGAGGAUUUGGAGAGAGCGAGAGAUGAACGGGCACUUCGAGACGCGAGACCGAUCUCAAAGCGCAGAUCGAGUGCUAGGGCUCGUACAAGAAAGACGCACAGAACCGCUUAUUCAAGGACAAGAGGAAUAUCGAGUGCCAACCGCUAG